CAUACCACAAGGUCCACAACCAUACAGCCUGCUUUGUCAACCAUGCCCGACGUGUACGAGUCGGCGGAGUCGGAUGCUUUGAAUGACACCUCGAACGGUGCAGCACAACCUGUUCCCACACGAUCCAUUUAUGCGCUAACCCGCAAAGAAAUAACCCGCGGAAUUGCGAAUCGCUUUGUGCACUCGCACACGUACAUAUUUCUCUACUUGUCCAUGGCGGCCCUGUCCGUGACAACCGUCGUGCUGAGUUUGUCGGACGGAUGUCCAGGGUUGUCAUUUUAUAUCUUGGAGAUAAUAAUUAACACGAGCAUGAUCCUGGAGGUUGGCGUGCGUUUCGUUGCGUUUGGUCGGCAAUUCUGGAGAUCACCGUUCAAUGUGUUGGAUCUGAUACUCACAUUGUUCUGUGCGAUCACUUUGUUGGUCAUAACAUUUGCGGGGUGUGGGGCAGGGAGUAAGGAAGAGGAGUUGUUGGACACUCUAUUGCUUAUUGCACGUAAUGUCCUACAAUUCGGCCGUCUAGCGGCGGUCAUGCGACAAUCCGGCCAGUCCAUAUUUUCCAGGCCAAAGCCAAUCGAUAUCUCCGCAAUCAGGAGAGCAGGCUAUAGUAGCCUCGACUAUGAUUUGGAAGAUGACGAUCAAGAUGAUGAUCCAGAACUGGGUCGACCACUUGUACAAGAUGCAGUAUUAUUUGAUGCACAAGACGACGAACAACCCACUCGCAUGUCAGAUAUGCCACGGGCUGCACAGGCUGUACACGAGCGUGAUGAUGAGGAUGUCUGGGCGGAAUUGGGUUGAGGCGAGGGGUGAUCCACAGCCUAAGUUAUACAUUCGAUUCGAUUCUCUGUGACACAAUCUACUCGGAUAACCUUGUCAUAGCUUGUCAUUAAUUCUAUCAUCGCCAAAUCAAAGGUCGGCACGGAUCAUCCCGGUCGGUACUACUUAGCGAUUUCAGGUCCGAUUUAUAUUGGCUAUCAGGCGACGUCGCAAUCUUCC